ACGAGCAAUCAAGAUUCGGCGUGCCUCUCCAAUUUCCCCGCCGACUUCCCUGCGCCCCCUCGCAGCGCUCGCCUCCCGCACCCGCCGCGCCACCCCUGCACCGCCACGCCCUUAUCCACCACCUUGCAGCCUUGGCUCAGCUCCUCCUCGCGACGCUCGCGACUGCCUCCGGCAACGCCCGCCCACCUCACUUGUCCCCACGGGACGACACCUGUGACCUCAGUGCUGGCGUGAAGGUGUCCGCCGCCGCCCUCGGCCGCCCGCACUGGACCGUCCCUACCGCAAGACGGUGGCCGGCGCGUACGAUGUCUGGUAUCCUCCCCUCCUCCUCCACGUCUGUUCGUGCACCAGGUGAGCAUGUGACAACCCCUGGUGGAAGAAGAUGAAUGCAUUUGAGAUACAAGGAUAAGGCUCAAACCCCAUGGAAGAAGAUGAAUAAAUUUGAGAUCCCCUUCUGUGUUGUCUGGAGUCUGGUGGAUGGAGCUCUAGUUCUCCACUGCACCGACAUCAAGAUAAUUAUGCCAGUAGAUCAAUCAGCAGCGCCCAGUUGAGUGAGGCAAACAGGAAAGCAAUAUGCCACUUUAAUAUAGCAAGACGAAUUUUGUCCAUGCACAUCCCUAAUCCCCCUUCUGUUGUACGCUAACCUACUGUGUUUAAUCUGGGAAGGUUCUUCUCCAAUUUGUUUGGUUCCAAGUGCUUCUUGUAUCUUGCAUUCAUGUGUUCUCCGAAGAAAUGGCAUGUGUUACUUGAAAUGUUUUAUGUAGGCAAAAUUAACUAGCCACCUAUCCAAAAUAAUUGUCUGCACCUUUGUGAAUCAACACAUGUUUCAACUAGAGUGAACCUCUAAUGCAAAGCAAUAUCAUUGCAUAUAAAUAGGGUCCAUUUCUGCUUAGGUUAUCAAUAGAUAUUGGACUGUAGUUCCAAUCCUUCUGCUUUGUUUAAAUUUGAAAAGGUAUGCAUGCUUUUGAAACCAAGUUUGUGUUUCAAAUUAUGAAGCCACUGAAAAAUCUAUUGGAAGUUAAAUUGCUUCUGUUAUGGUUCCCAAUCUAUAAUUGUUCAGAUUGCACUAUGUAUGUUGUAACACUAUUUGUUAUUAGAUCUCAUCAAUAUCACAUUUGAAGUUGCCACCCCUCGCUAUUGUUCUCAUUGCUGCCAGCACAUAUAAUCAUCUGCCAAAAUAAAAUUGGGAUACUGCUUGUUCAAUUUCAAAAUGUUUCAAAAAAACAUCUGAUCCCAUUAGAGUUGAAUUAUUUUAGCGCCGCUCCCCACCAUGGCCUCUCUUCACCAGAGGAAGGAUCUUGCCUGAGGGACCUGCCACGUGUGAUUUAGCGCCGCUCCCCACCGUGGGCCUGCCUCAUGCUGCCGUGAGAUCUCGGAGACAGCCAUGGGAUGCAUGGGAUUUGCCCCCAUCGUUGGUGGAGGAGGGACGGAGAGGGUCACUAGCUCUUUGCUGCGUGAGGAGUAGGAGGCAUCGGAGAAGGGGGAUGUAGACGAGUUCGAGCGGGCCGCGCCAGACAGGCGAGAAACGUCGGCGACGGGCGGCAUGGGCUCGUGUAGCGGCGUAAGUCAAUGCUUGUUAUAGAUAUAGGCAGAUAGAUAGAUAUAAAUAUAUAGAUAUAGAUAGAUAGAUUUAUAGUAUAGUAUAGAUAGAUAGAUAGAUAGAUAGAUAGAUAGAUAGAUAGAUAUGCCCGUUACAUCGAGUCCAAGCAUGAUUGAGCUUCAGGAUGAGAAAAAAAAUCAAAUCAGAUGCUUAUCAUGAAGAGGCUUGUGAGCCAGAGCUGGGAGGAAUCAAGGCUGCUGUGGCGCCUUACCUUUCCCGUGCUCCUCGCAGAGGUGUUUCAGUUCUCCAUCGGAUUUGUCACCACCGCCUUUGUUGGCCACCUCGGAGAUGUGGAACUCGCAGCGGUCACCGUCGCGGAGAACAUCUUGGAUACCUCUGCCUAUGGACUCCUGUUUGGCAUGGGCAGCGCAUUGAACACACUGAUCGGGCAGGCUGUUGGCGCCGGGCAGCUGGACCGGCUGGGCACCUACACGCAGCAGUCGUUGAUCAUCUGCGGCACCACUGCACUGGCUCUUGCGCCAGUGUACAUCUUUGCCACGCCGAUCCUACAGUUCUUCCUCCACCAGCCAGUCGAUGUGUCACGUGCCGCCGGGCAGUAUGCCAGGUGGGCGAUCCCAAGACUGUUUGCGAACGCCAUGGACAUCCCGCUCCUCAUGUUCUUCCGGGGACAGAGCAGGGUCUGGACCUUGGCGGCCAUCUCUGGUGUGGCCCUCGCCGUGCACACUGUGCUCACAUACAUUGCCGUGAGGCAGCUCGGGUAUGGCCUGCCCGGGGCGGCUGUCGCCGGGGACAUCUCGCAGUGGCUUAUUGUCGCGGCGCAAUUCGCGUACAUGAUUGGGGGCCGCUUCCCUGACACAUGGAAGGGGUUCACUAUGUGUGCAUUCAACAACAUUGGUGCUUUCGUCAAGCUGUCGCUCGGAUCGGCCGUCAUGAUCUGCUUGGAGUUUUGGUACAACACAACACUUCUAAUUCUCGUGGGUCUCCUCAAACAUGCCAAAUUUCAACUCGAUAUCAUGUCUGUCUGCCUCAACUACGAGUUCAUGGCAAUACUGGUUGCAAUGGGAUUCAGCACAGCAAUCGGCAUUCGGGUGUCCAACGAGCUGGGUGCAAAGAGGCCCAUGGAGACAAGGUUUGCAGUGCUUGUGGCAGUAUCAACGUCCAUCUUUAUGGGAUCAAUCUUCAUGGGUGUCGUCCUCAUUUGGAGGACAAGCUUGCCAAAGCUUUUCAGCGACAGCGAGGAGGUGAUACAUGGAGCUUCCAAAUUGGGGCUUCUUCUCGCUCUGACCGUAUGGAUGAUUAGCAUCUGUCCUGUACUAUCAGGCGUCGCAGUGGGAGCAGGGUGGCAAGUGUCUGUGGCAUUCAUAAACAUCGGUUGCUUCUACUUAGUGGGCAUUCCAAUGGGUAUCUUGUUCGGCAUCAAGCUAAAACAUGGCACAAUGGGCAUAUGGAUGGGCAUGUUGACAGGCACAUUUCUCCAAAUGGCUAUACUUCUUGCAGUUAUCUUCACAACAAACUGGGAUAAACAGGCUGCGCUGACAGAAGAGAGAAUGGCGGAAUGGGGAGGAAAGGAGAAGCUACCACUGAUGAAAUCUCCACAUACAGAUGAUCAGAUGACACCUGCACUAGAGAAAAUGUUGGCGCAGGACAGCAAGAAGAACGUAGACUUAUUGUGCACAGAAUGACCACGGAGUAUAUUGAUUUCAGUUUUAGGAUUAAAAGACUCCAAGAUGGACUGGAAAAUCAUGUGCGAACAAAAAAAAAAUCAAAUUUGGAUAAAAUUGAGCAACCUUACAAACUCCCUUAAAAAAAUCAGCCCAUGUUAUGUUUGUUUUCCUUCGAAAA